GCAACACUGCUGCAAGUGUCAACAGGAUCAACCUCACCAAUUCUGGGAUACAAGUUGUCUGGGAAAAUCCCACCAGAAAUUGGUCUUCUCAAUAAUCUUCAAGUCCUGCACCUAUUUGGGAACCAAUUAAAUGGCUCAAUCCCUCAAGAAAUCGGUCAGCUUAAGUUUCUUAAUGAGCUUGCUCUGGAAACCAACAAUCUACAAGGUCCAAUUCCAGCUUCUCUUGGUAAUCUUUCCAAUUUAGAGGGGUUGUACAUGCAGGAAAACUAUUUAACCGGUGCCAUUCCUCCAAGUUUUGGAAAUUUAGAACACCUGACCACGUUAUGCUUGUACAACAAUCAGCUUUCUGGUUUUCUCCCUUCAGAAAUAGGAAAUUUGAAGUCUCUAGUGGAAUUAUACAUUUAUAAUAACAAUAUAUCUGGUCCAAUCCCGUCAUCAUUAGGUGAUCUAACAAACCUCACCCUUCUCUAUCUCUAUAAAAAUAAUCUUUCCGGAACAAUUCCAAAAGAGAUAGGGAACUUGAAAUCUAUUGUGAAUCUAGAGUUGAGCCAUAAUCAACUCAAUGGUUCCAUCCCCACUUCACUCGGUGACUUGAGCAACCUAGAAAUCUUAUUCCUACAAGCUAACAAACUUUCUGGCUCCAUCCCCCAAGAGAUGGAGAAUCUCAUGAAGUUGACUAUGCUGCAAUUGGACACUAACAACUUUUCUGGUUAUUUGCCCCAAAAUAUUUUCCAAGGCGGAUCACUAGAAAACUUUACAGCACACACCAACCAUUUCAUAGGUCCAAUCCCCAAAAGCUUGAAAACUUGCAAGAGCUUGGUGAGAGUUCAUCUUGAAGGGAACCAACUGACAGGAAAUAUAUCUGAAGACUUUGGUGCUUAUCCAAAUCUUCGAUUUAUUGACCUAAGCCACAAUAACUUGCACGGUGAAAUUUCGCAACUCUGGGGACAGUGUCCGCAGUUAGCAACACUACGAAUUGCGGGGAACAACCUUACUGGUAGAAUACCACCUGAGAUUAGCCAUGCAACUCAAAUUCAUGAACUUGAUCUUUCUUCCAAUAGUUUAGUAGGGGUGAUUCCCAAGGACUUUGGGAGAUUGACUUCUUUGGAGAAAUUGAUGUUGAAUGGCAAUCAACUUUGGGGUCCUAUACCCUCAGAAUUUGGAUCGUUGACUGAUAUUGAAUAUCUUGACUUGUCCACCAACAAAUUCAAUGAGUCAAUUCCAGUCAUUUUUGGUGACUUACUCAAAUUACACUAUUUGAAUUUGAGCAAUAACAAGUUCAGUCAAGAAAUUCCAUUUCAGUUGGGGAAGUUAGUUCAUCUGUCCCAACUUGAUCUAAGUCAUAACUCACUUGAGGGUAAAAUACCAUCAGAAAUUAGCCGUAUGGAAAGCUUGGAGACGUUGAAUCUUUCCCACAAUUAUCUUACCGGUCUCAUUCCAACAAGUUUUGAUGCAAUGCAUGGCUUGAAUGACAUCGACAUAUCCUACAAUCAACUGCAGGGUCCAAUCCCCAACAACAAGGCAUUUCAAAAUGCUCGAAUGGAAGGGAAUAACAGAUUGUGUGGCAACGUUGGAGGACUAAAACCCUGCAAUCAUUCUGUGGAGCAUAAGCAUACCUCAAGGAAGGCGUUCUUAAUCAUUUUCCCUAUCUUAGGAACACUUUUACUUGCUUUCCUGGCAUUUGUUUUGAUUGGAAGAAGAAGUAGAAGAAAGCAAGAACAGGAAAUCGAACAGAGCAAUAUGCACGAAAGCUUUUUCUCAAUAUCUAAUUUUGACGGAAGAAAAAUGUAUGGAGAAAUCAUGGAAGCAACCAAUGGUUUUGAUGUCGUCCAUUUCAUCGGGAAGGGAGGACAGGGAAGUGUCUACAAGGCAAAGCUCCCAUCAGGCAGCAUUGUUGCAGUGAAGAAAUUCUAUCAAACACUUGAUGGUGAGGAGGGAUCUCGGAAGGAGUUCCUAAAUGAAAUAAGGGCCUUAACUCAGAUACGACACCGAAACAUUGUGAAGUUUCUUGGCUUUUGUUCAAGUGCCCAUCACUCAUUUUUGGUCUAUGAGUAUUUGGAAACAGGUAGCUUGGCUGCAAUCUUGAGCAACGAGAAUGAAGCUAAAAAAUUGGACUGGAGCACAAGGGUGAGAAUUGUAAAAGGAGUUUCUCAUGCGUUGUGUUAUAUGCAUCAUGAUUGCUCACCACCAAUUGUGCAUCGAGACAUAACAAGCAGCAACAUUUUGCUGCACUGUGACUAUGAGCCUUGUGUUUCUGACUUCGGCACUGCUAAGCUUUUGAAUCCAGACUCGUCGAAUUGGACUGCUCUUGCAGGCACAUAUGGAUAUGUAGCACCAGGUAAAAUACUAAAA